GACCAGCUAAUCGUGUGAGAAGAUGUUGAGUCGAUUCAUGAGUGGCAGCAUUAGGAAUCUGGACAGAGAAUACAACUGCACCGUCAGACUUCUGGAUGAUACGGAGUAUACCUGCACGAUUCAGAGGGAUGCAAAGGGCCAGUACCUGUUUGACCUGAUCUGUCACCAUCUCAACCUGCUGGAGAAGGACUACUUUGGCAUCAGAUAUGUGGACCCAGACAAACAACGGCACUGGCUGGAGUUUACAAAGUCCAUCUCGAAGCAGAUGAAAUCUCAACCUCCCUUCACAAUGUGUCUGAGAGUCAAGUUCUACCCACCAGAUCCAGCAGCGCUCAAGGAGGAAAUCACCAGGUAUCUCGUCUUCCUGCAGAUCAAGAGGGAUCUGUACCAUGGCCGCCUCCUGUGUAAGACCUCAGACGCUGCCGUACUCGCCGCAUUCAUCUUGCAAGCUGAGAUCGGUGACUACGACCCCGGGAAGCAUCCGGAAGGCUACAGCUCCAAGUUCCAGUUCUUCCCCAAACACUCGGAGAAACUGGAGCGGCGGAUUGCAGACAUCCACAAGACUGAGCUCAUGGGGCAGACUCCUGAGACGGCUGAGCUCAACUUUCUGCGGAAAGCCCAGAUACUGGAGACCUACGGUGUGGACCCCCAUCCAUGCAAGGACGUGUCUGGAAACCCCGCCUUCCUGGCCUUCACCCCGUUUGGCUUUGUGGUGCUUCAGGGUAACAAGCGGGUCCAUUUCCUCAAGUGGAACGAGGUGACCAAGUUGAAGUUUGAGGGGAAGACGUUCCAUAUCUAUGCGAGCCAGAAGGAGGAGAAAAAGAUCAUCCUCACCUACUUCGCUCCGACGCCAGAGGCCUGCAAGCACCUGUGGAAAUGCGGAGUGGAAAACCAGGCCUUCUACAAGCUGGAGAAAUCAAGCCAGGUGCGCACGGUGUCCAGCAGCAACCUGUUCUUCAAGGGGAGUCGUUUCCGAUACAGUGGGAGGGUGGCCAAAGAGGUGAUGGAGCAGAGCGCCAAAAUCAAGAGGGACCCUCCAGAAAUACACAGAGCUGGCCUGGUCCCCAGUAGAAGCUGUCCGUCCAUCACACACGGCCCGCGACUCAGCAGCGUACCAAGAACCAGGAGGAGAGCAGUGCACAUAUCCAUCAUGGAGGGUCUGGAGUCCCUGCGAGACAGCGCACACUCCACGCCAGUCCGGUCCGUCUCCCACGGCGACUCGUUCCUGCCGCGCUCGCGCAGCCAGGCGUCCGGGGAGGCGUGCGGGGGCGGUGGGAUGAGCGGCAGUGAGGCGGUGAUCUCGGACGAGAACUACUGCCCAUCGGACAGCGUCCUUCCCACGCCGGUGGCGGAACACAGCCUGGACCUGGCCGCCGCACGCCAGAUCAACGGCGCCCCCUGCAGCAUCGAGGAGGAGAAGGAGUCGGAGGCCGGCACGCCGAUGUCCGGGGAUUCCGGUGACCUCGGGGCGGACAGUGCCUCGUUUUCGGGGGGCGUCUCGCUGGCGUCGCUGGCGGAGGCGGAGCAGGUGAAUAAGUUUGUGCUGAGCGUGCUGCGUCUGCUGCUGGUCACCAUCGGCCUGCUCUUCGUCCUCCUCCUGCUCCUCAUCAUCCUCACCGAGUCGGACCUGGACAUCGCCUUUUUGCGUGACAUCCGCCAGACGCCCGAGUUCGAGCAGUUCCACUACGAGUACUUUUGCCCGCUGCGGAGGUGGUUCGCCUGCAAGCUGCGCUGGGCAGGCGGCCUGCUCAUCAACAACAAGUGAGCAGCGUGCCGUUAGGGAAACGAGAAGAGACGCUGCUGCCUGACCUGUUUAAAGCAUAGGGCCCCCUGGUGGACGGGAGUGGAGAUGAACACUAACAUGCAGCGAGGGGAAGACAAGAACACACAGCCCAAAGAGUGAGAGUAAGAGAGAGAGUAAGAGAGAGAGAGAGAGAGAUGGAGGGAGAGGCGCUCCCAUCCUGAGCCGUCCUGUCCCGUCCCUGUCCCACCCUACACCUGUCUGCCUUGCUCCAUCGCUCCAUCCGUCCUUUGGUCACAUCUGUCCCAAAUCACCACCCUUGGCUUUCUGUCACAAUCCAUCCUGCAGAGUUGUACCCGUCCCCUCUUUCUCUCUCUCUCUCUCUUUCUCUCUCUCUCUCUCUCAUCUCGCCCCACUUGACGCUGCAUUGGGAGUUCACCAUCCUCUUUUUCAUUUUUUGAAAAGUCUCCCCCCGACCCUACCAUGACUACUACUAUGCCCACCCUGAUUUUUUUUUUUUUACACUCCUCCAGUUUUACGUUGACCCUGUCUUUUUCCAUUGGAAUUUGCUUUUAUAAAGACAGAGGAUUUUUUUUUUUUCUUUAACAUUUUCCCCCGUCCGUUGGGAUUUCAGGUCAUUGCAGGUAUUUUAUUUUUACAAAAAAACAUGAAAAAAAUGAAGAAACCUUAAAACUGACUAAAACGAAGAACUACAGUGCGCACUGUUCCUUCAUAGGGAUGGAAUAUUUAUGUUGCAACAUGAGACCGUUGCCUUCAUUUGCUAUUUAUUGUUUUGAACAUGAUAUUAUUGAGAAUUGACAUAUUUAACGAAUGUGAUGUGGUGUGAAACAGGUGUUAUGUUGGUGCUUGAUGACAUAAUGAAAGCUGGGAAAGCAGAGAGGGAUUUUGAGGAGAUGUAAAAGAUGGAGGCCAUUUUCACAUCCUUCCCCAUCAGCCAGUCACUAUAAGGUUCUAAUUCCAUGCACAAUACAAAGGAAAUGCAUAAGGAAACAUACAAUACCAAUAAUCACUAAUAACUCCAAAAUUAAUACAAAUGUACUAAAUUAUUACUCUGGGGUACACAACACACCAUGGUGAGAGCUGGACGACGAACGUUGGCUGAAGGUUAUGGUUUAGGUUAUGGUCAAGGCAGACUUGGAAUGAUUUCAGUGCUUUGAGAACAGAAGGUAUUUUUUAAGUAUUGGUUGGAAAAAAAACGAUUUGAAUUUGAAUGAUCAUAUACUUUUCUAGGAAUAUAUUUAUGUGUAAGCAGUAGCAAGCUGUGUAGUACACAUAUUUGUUUUGUUUUGUUUUGUUUUUGUUAUUUGUUCUUUUUUAAGUAAAGGGUUUUAUAAAGGAUACUGUUAAAUAAACCGAUAACAAUGGUGUUAUGUGACCCAAUAGUGCGUCAAUAACUGUUAGAGAAGUGAUUAUGGUGGAUCUCUUGAGAAUACCUAGCACCUAUAGAUCCAACUUAGCUAGAUGUGCAAUAUUGUAUAGUGGUGUUUUUUUAGAGAAAUGUUUCAAUCAAACCUGAUGGUGUGCAUUUGCAUUAGAUUUGUUUUGUUUUGUUUGGUUUUAUUUCUGUUCUUUUUUGUUUUCCUUUUAUUUUGUGUCACCACUACCAUCCUCAUUUCGAUAAGAAUGUUGAAAUCAAGCGAUGUCUCCUUGUGCAAGGAAUGAAUGACUGGUUUGUUUCGAUUCCAUAUCAGAUAUUGCUCCUGAGUUUGUACUUUGUGAAUAUCAUGCUACUAUUAAUUAUUAGAAUACCAAUAACAAUGCUGUACUUUUUGUACAAAGUAGUUAGUUUCCUAAUAUAUUGACAGUUUUUCCAUGUAUAUUUUAACAGAACUGAAAUGUUAUUUUGUUAUUGAAGAUUAAAUUAUACCUUUUUUUAGCGCUGUGUUUCAGGUGAGUAGUUUGAGGGAAUACUGAUAAGGUUAAAAAAAGAACAGAUUUCCUUUUUCAACCCCCUGGUUCACUUUUCACCAAGAAACACACCAACUAACGCACCAACCUCUGUUACCCGAUCAAGCAGUGGUACAUCUGUCUGUAUGCAAAGCAUGCAAGCUGCAAGCUACAAACACAUGCGCCCACAGAGCAGAUAUAGAGUAUAUAGUAUUUAGAGGCCUUGCUGUCAGUAGAGCACUGCUUUAGCAGGUACCAACAUAACAUCUGGCCAGAAAGAUGGAGCAAGUGUUUUUUUUACGGUGAAAGUGCAAUCCGCUGUUGACGCAGAAGUGCUGUGCCUCGGUCUGGUUCGGUAGGAGCAGCGGUUUAAUUCGUACUCUUGACAGUAUAGUUGAAAGGAAAGUCUGUUUUAAUCAGUCUUCUCCCUCGUAUCUGGAAUAAGUGUGUGUGUGCGCGUGUGCGUGUGUGUGUGUGAGAGAGAGUACUGUAUGUGUGUGUGUGAGAGGGAGGGAAAGAGAGUGGUAGAGUAGGAAAGAAAGUGGUACGUGUAAACCCCAAAGUGAGUUUUAUGUAGGUACGUAUGUGUUUGACUUCAAAGCUUAAUUUUAAAGUGGAACACAGGUGAAAAGUGUCGUUAGGUCUUAUUUUUGAAAUAGAGACGACUGAUAAAUAAGGAGAAAUAAAAGAGGAGGAGAAUAAAGGGCAACUUGGGAACAAGGGACAUGUGAGACACAAGUGUUUACCAACAACGGCUCUGUGCCCACUGUCGAGGUCAUAAAUGUGAGGAAAUGGGUCCCGUUUUGUACACUGUGACUGACACUUAUGUCCUCCAAUCAGCUUUGGACGAUCCUUCGAAGAGUAGGUCUGAGGAAGAUAGCGGAGUUUGAACAGCUGGUUAGUAGUAUCAGUGGGCCUGUGGCUUCAGUAGUCUAGAACAGCGCGGCACAGAGACGGCUAACAUUCACACAAGUCCUUAGCUGCUAACCCACUACCAAACUGCUAAUGCACUGAAGGCAAUGGGGCAAUACAGUCAAUACAGUCAAGAUAUCUGCAGGAGUGCUGAGGCUGUUCUCAUGUUGCCUCAGUGUGUCUUAAAGGGUUCAGACUGGGUGUUCUUCUGUCCUAGACCUUCACUCUGCCCAUGAAACUUCAGUCACCAUUUUGUUACAGGGCUAUCUCAACAAUACCACUAUCAACAACAACAACAACAACAACACUGUUUCAAUCAACCAUUUCUGUUAAGAGCAGAAAAGAGGAAAUGAGGUUUUUAUUGCACAACAUGUACUCCAGACUUGUGAUAUGCUGUAAGGACUGUACAUGCCGCAGGGGACAUGAAACCUCUUUGGAGGUUUGUGAGAGAAACGUGCAUGCUUCUUACUUUUUCUAAAGUAUCAUGCAUGCAUAUCCAACAGCAAGUGCAACAGUAGUAGAAUGGCUUGGGGAUGGUUUGAAUCCAACAGACUGCAAAUUAAGACAACGGUGUCUUAACAUGAUAUUUAUGUAUUAUUUAUAUCUGCCUAUGUUCUUCGAUCCCUUUUCUCUCAAUGGACAAUAAAACUGGAUUGUAUUUAUUGUUUGUUUUCCAGUGGGUUCCAGUGGGUGCCUAAAGGAUUUUUUUUCUUUUUACAAGGGUGACGAUAUCAGUGGUCGACAUUGUAACUCUGUUUGCAGCAUAAUGUAGCUUCAAUGAUCCUUCCAUGCAUGCACAAAAACUGAAGGCAGCACCAUUCAACGAGCAAUAAUAAUAAUUUUGGCUGUAAAAGGGAGACUCCAAUAAGCUGCAUUUGCAAAAAGGGUAUCAAUGAAGACGUGUGUAAACCUAUGAGUUUCCAAAUGAUUUCAUCAAUGCAGCUAAUUUGCUUCAUGUUAUUUUCAUGUGGAAGUUGUGUUUGUUGAGUUGUAUUGUGCACAGUAUUGUGCUCACACAAACAUUGUUCCAAAAACAAACAACAAAAAGAGAAUCAUUUUUUAUAUGAUGAAGAUGAUACUGGUUAAUUGUAAGCGUGGAUGGAAUUGUUUAUUAUUAUUAAUAAUAAUAAUAAUAAUGAUAAUAAUAAUAAUAAUUGCUCUCCCGAGGAAAAUUUGCUACAUUUUGUACACAAGUCAGCUCCCCUGCUUUACCCCCUACUGUGAAGGUUUUGUCAGUGUUUCUGUUGCUCCUGUGUGUGUGAUCAGCAAACUCUGCCUCUUUCUUGGUCCUCUGAGUCCCCCCCAUCCCCAACCAACCUAAACCAAAAGUGGGGCAGGCAGGUACCUGCAACAGCAUCCAAAGCCUCCGCCACCUGCCGUACCUGUUCUCUCUCUCUCUCUCUCUCUCUCUCUCUCUCUCUCUCUCUCUCUCUCUCUCUCUCUCUCUCUCUCUCUCUCUCUCUCUCUCUCUCUCUCUCAGCUGAGCUGCAGGCAUGCUGCAUCAGUCUGCCUGUCUGCCAUGGCUGGCUGUGUGUGUGUAUCUGUCUGGCUGCAGAGCUCUGGCACUCCAUGCUGUGUUGUCUUGGCAUGGCCACCGACAUUGGCACAGGCAUGGGCACGUCAGCACUGAGAAGAGUCAGUGUGCGCCUGCCUUCAGAGCACCACACUGCAUCUCUGGCAUCCCCUGGCAGGUGACGGCAGGUCUGGCUGAUGAGAAGUUUAAAGAGGUCAAGUGCAGCGGGCUGUCUUAAAGCCACACGCUGCGAAACAAAAACACCCCAAGACAAUACGCAGGCAAGGAGACAGUUGGCAGCAGUGCACGCGGCAAAACAAUAAGAAUCUAUCUCGCCCCGCCUUAUCAUCCGGUCUGUUUCCAUGGUAACGGCACUAUUAUUUAUUUAUUUAUUUAUUUCAGUGUGUUCCAUCGGUUUCCUUUUUCUGUGAUGUGUUGUGUGUGUGUGCGUUUUAUUUUGUCCUGCUCUUCCUCUCGGGAACUGGUGGUUUGUGCUAGUUGAAGUGGGAGAUGCCUCUGGCUGUCUGUGUGAGGAGAGGAGACGAGAGGAGAGAGAAGGAGAGGAGAGAGCAUAACAUUCAGAGAUGCACCAUGUGAUAUUAACCAUGUGAUGGCAACUGCUCUGUGCAAGGGUUUUCUGCCUGGGCCUAUGACACUUCACUACACUGUAACCUGAACGACCAAGAGGGGCACAUCCCAAAGUAGAGGAAUGAGUAUAUAGGGUCCUUUUUCAUUUCUGAUUUUUUUUGAUACAUCAAAGCAAACUUGGCUAUAUUUAUAAUGGCUUCUUGCCAUUCUGCCUUGUUAAACCACCAGCUCAAUUCAGAUUUGAACUCUAUAUCAUUCAGUAUAUCAUUGUGUGUGUGUGUGUGUGUGUGUGUGUGUGUGUGUGUGUUGGUCUUUGCAUAUUGCGUGUGCUUGUUGAGAUCAGAAUGAAUUCAAACUUCUGAUCCAAAUAUAUUGACCAAACCACAGAACACCACACACCACACCACAUCACCACCACCAGACCUGCCUGACUUUGAGGUGAAGUUUAUACCCAGAGGAAGACGUUGGACAAGAGAAAAGACACAUAACAAUGACAUCCACGUUUAUCAUGUUUCACUUGCUUCCAGUUGCCCAGCCGGCGUCUGUUGAAACAAAUGAAAAUCAGUAAUUGUAACUCGGUUCUGGACAAUAGUAGGCUAUAUUAUUGUGCUUCUGUCACCUCUCCAAAGCCACAAUCCCCCCGUCCCACCACCACCACCAAACAUCUACCAAAAACACCCAUUAACAACUAUGCGUGUACAGGCUACACACACAUGGCCAGAGCACACUAGCGCAUUGCUGUGGUUGGAGUACAGUACAUGCUCACACAUGCCCAGAUCACAGUGGCACAUUGCUGUGUGUGGCAUAGACGUACGUAUCUUAUGUAUUUCGUAUGUGCUCUCCCGUCUUAUUUUUUUUCAAGCCCGGGGAUCGGAGGCUGCUGUUUAGUUACUUAAUAUAUAAAUAGAUAUACAAAUAUAUACAAAUUUAUGUGCCAAAACCAGUUCCUGUUGAGUCUGAUUCAUUCCGAGUCCAUCUUUGUACUGUAGGAAACCUUCCAUAUGAAACGGUAUGAAAUAUUGUUUCUCUGAUAGUCCCUUGUAACUGGUGCCAUGGAAAUAUUCAAACUUGAAAUAAACAUCGAAAAGUGUUUAAAGAGGA